GUAAGAAGCCCUUCAAUUCAAUUCAUUCAUUUUCCUUUUCUUUAGAGAGAGAAACUAAAAUAUAGAGUGAGAGAGAGAGAGAGAGAGAGAGAGAGGAUAAAAAAAAAUGGCAUUGAGAAUGUUUGCAAAAUCCCUUAAGCUUUCAGUAUCUGCAGCUUCGAAUUCGCCCCUUGCUUUCACAUCAUUUUCGCUCUCUAGAUGCUUCUCCACUGUAUUGGAGGGGUUGAAAUAUUCGAGCUCACAUGAAUGGGUGAAGCACGAUGGCCCUGUGGCUACCAUUGGCAUCACAGACCAUGCCCAGGAUCAUUUAGGCGAGGUGGUGUAUGUGGAAUUGCCCGGCGAAGGUAAACCGGUAACACAAGGUGACGGCUUUGGGAAUGUCGAGAGUGUAAAGGCGGCGAGCGGAGUGAACUCCCCAAUCUCCGGCGAGGUAGUUGAAGUCAACACUAAACUUUCGGACACUCCCGGAUUGAUCAACACAAGCCCAUAUGAAGAUGGAUGGAUGAUCAAAGUGAAGCCCUCAAAUCCUUCAGAAUUGGACAGCUUAAUGGGACCUAAAGACUACACUAAAUUUUGUGAAGAAGAAGAUGCAUCUCACUGAUCCAUAAAUCUAUCCAUACUUGUCUGAAUUUUUCUUUCUUUUGUCAUUACAACUUCUUCAUUCAUAUUGUACUUGCCUUUCCCCGGAUUUCAUCGCUAUAUUCGAUUAUCAUGCAAUCUUACCCUUAAUUUCCAA